CAGCCGGCUCUUGCGGGAGCCCACGUUGCGCGCCCCGCGCGGACCCCGCGGCGGGUUUUACCGUUAACGGCCGGUGGCUGCAGCCCGCCGCGCCCGCCCCGCCAAUCUGCUAGGUCUAUACAAACUAAACUUUUAGAAAAUGAAUGAACUUAAAUUUAAAUAUCAAUAUAUACCACCAGUGACUGUGCAUUUACCUGAGGAAAUCACCACAUCCAAGCUAUCUUCCUCCUCUGUGGAGGGCUUUGAAGCUCAAAUUGCAAGUCUAGUAGAAAUGUUUCUUGUAGAGGUCUACAGGUGUAAGCUUUGCCAAUUCACCAGCAGCAUAAAAAACAAAAUCAAGACACAUGUAUUUAACAUUCAUGAACAGGAUGGAUGCCACCCUAGUUCUGAAUGCCAGGAAAUUAGUACAGAUCCAGAUGAAAAUGAUUCCUAUAGUAUUGGAGAUGAAAUAAGUCAAGAAAACAAAGAGAAUGAAGAGAAUCUGGAGAAAAUGUCUUUCCUAUUGCCCAUGUACAGAAUGCUUCAUAACAUGAGUCCUGAAUGCUGUGAUAUAAACCUAGAUAAUCAUAGUGUCAGUACCCAUGCACCCAAUGCAUGCGAUGUAAAUACACUGUUUGAAGAAGAAUCUGGACAAUUCCAUCUGGAGGAAUCCUGUCCUAUGGUAUCUAAUCAACUGUCUGCCUAUUCAUCAGACCUCACAGAAUCUAAAAAAAGCAAGGAGGAUGAAGAAGCUCAGUCUGAACAUCUAUUGUCUCUUGGUUUGUGCCGCAUUUCUAGUGUGAAAUCUCUAGUCAUGGAACAAAAAGUGCCCAAACUAGGCCCAAAACAGGAAAUGGGUAGAAGUCAGAAAAGAGAGACAACUGACAAAAAUAACUUGUCUCAACCACUGAAAGAUAUUUAUUCCCUAAAAAGCAGUGAUAAAAGACAUCUAUGCGCCUCUUGUGACCAGAAGUUUGUGUCCAAAGAUGCCCUUGAAACACAUGCCAAAUGUCAUAAUGGAAAUCAAGGAUUCCAAUGUCUUUACUGUAAUUUCAGUGUGACUGAGUGGAGUUUAAUGGAGAAACACUUAAAAUCUCAUAAGAGGGGGAGGAAAAGGAACUACCGGUGCCUAACAUGUGAAAAAGUUUUUAUGACUCAAAGUGCCUGGAAAGUGCACAAAGAGAGCCACCACAGGAGGCAAGGCAGUCUUCAGCAUCCAGAGAGCACAACCCUUUAUGAGACUGAACUAGUGGAAAACCUCCCCUUGGCCUGCCAUCAUGAAGAUAGCGAUUGGCCUAAGGUCCACAAACAUCUGAAUAGUACCCAUGAGUAUAAUGCCAAACCACAUCCAUGUACUGAGUGUGAAAAAAAGUUCUUCAGAAUAACAGAUUUGAAGAAGCAUAUGUCCAAACACAAGAAAGCCAGGCCCUUUCUUUGUUCAUUAUGUGACCAGACAUUCAAAUACAGACGUCAGAUGAGCAGGCAUCAUAAGCAUGUACAUCAGAAACUGAAUAUAAAAGAGAGAAAAAAAAGAAAGAAAGCAGAGGUUAGCCUCAUUUAUUCAGGCACAGAAGCCACAGCCAGAACCAGGAAAAAUGCUGAUGAAUUUACCUGCAAAAUUUGCAACAGGAAAUGUUCCUCCAAAUUGGCCUUGCAGAGACAUAUGGGUAUACACGCAGGAGUUAAGCCCUUCCAUUGCCAGCACUGUGACUAUAAAACAAGACUGAAGGCUUCAUUGAUACAACACAUGCGGAUCCAUACUGGUGAAAAACCUUUUAAGUGUGAAAUUUGCUCAUAUGCCUCAAUUGAUGCCAGUUCCCUACGAAGACAUUUUAGGACUCACACAAGGGAGAGACCCUACAAAUGCCAGCUUUGUUCAUAUAGUAGCAUCCAGAAGAAGAGCCUGGACCUUCACGUACGACGACACCAUACGGGCGAGACAUUUGGCUGUAGUUUUUGCUGUUAUUCUUCUCCUGAUAAGCAGCUCCUUCGGAAACACAUUAAAAAGUAUCACCUCAAUUUGGAAACUCCAAUGGCUGACACUUAGCCAAACCUGACUCUCAAACUAUUUCCAGUGGAUCGCUGGAUCCAUUAAGUCCAUAAUUUCCCUUGUGGAAGUCUUUCCAAAAGGGAUGCCAUUAUAACACUCUCAAAUCAUUACUAAUUUCAUUAUGACCAGAGGGAGUACCUUUGUCAAGGCACUGAAGAGAUCAGGAUUCAUGACUAAUUAUACAACUGAACUGUGGACUUUACAGAUUGCUUAGUGGGAGUGCAGCAUAGAGGAAGAACACUACUAAUUGGACUCUGAAGAGAUCUAACUUUGAGUUUAGGCUCUGACGUCUGAUAGCUUUGGGACCCUGAACAAGUUAUAAUCUCUCUGAGCCUCAGUUUCCUUAUCUGUAAAAUGGAGCUAAUACUUGCACUAUAUGCCUCACAGAGUUAUUGUGAGGAAAUUGCUUUUUAAAACUUAGAUUGAUAUAUAAAAUGUGAGUUUUCUUCAUGAUAUGUAAUUCUCUGCUAUUAGCAUCUUAGCAUGCUCUGAGUUCUAAAGAAAAUGGUAGAACAGUAUUAAGUAGCUUCCCUUCCCCCUUUAAUACCUCCUGCUGCUUUGUGGAGUAGUUUGAAAGGUAAAAUGGGAACUAAUCAAAAUGCCAAUUUGAUAGUAUCAACCUCCCAGGGCUGUUAUUUAAAGUAAUAAAUGGUCAGGCUACAUUUAUUAUUAGCAUGAUUUUCUUCCUCAUCCUAUCAGAGUGAAAAAGAUAUAUAAGAACCCUUGAUUAGUUAUGUUCUAACCAAUUUAUCAUAUGCAGAUUAUUCACUUUGCUCAGGUAGUAAAAUAGUAAAUGCCCAAAGCAUGCUAUCAGAAACAUCCAAUAAAUCUGCUUUAACAAACUAAGUGGUCUCCUUCCAUUAUAUAUU